AUGCAAGACUCUUCAAGUUCACCAUAUGUGCCAUGUGUGUGUGAUCCAUCUGUAGUAUGGCCAGACAGAGACACAUCAUCUUGGGGCGAUGAUUGUUUUGAACAAGGUUGCACUGCAUACAGUGCAUUAUUCUUUCUCAUAUUUCUUUUGCCAACGGCAGAAGGUAGUCGACGUAUUUGGAUGAAUCGUGCCAACUAUAGGAACACUGUAUUUAUCAGUAAUUUCCAGUUGACCUUUGGAUGUCUAUUGUUUACCAUCCGACAGAUCAUGAUGCUGGCCAAAGUCACCGAACCCAUCUCCUAUGCGGUACUCUUGACCUUUGGUUUCUCCUUUUUCUUUUCUGCCUAUCUCUUUAUCCUCAUGUCAUGGUGUGAAAUCAUUCGAUCCAUCAACUUUUCAAUCAUCAUUCAAAGAGUAUUCCCAAUCAUUAGAAUUGUUAUCAUUUCUCUAAAUGUUAUAUUAUUUGCUGGUUUUACUGUUAGUGUUAUUAUUUGGUGGCCAUACAAUGUAACCAAUGCAUUUAAUAGUUUUUAUGGAUUUGGAGUAACUUUGGGAUUUGCUAUUUUUGGUUUCAUCAUUUAUCGGGAAUUCCAAAAGAUUAAAGAGGCUAAUCAAGCCAGUCAGAGAGGUCGAGAAUUGUCGUUACGUGUACACCGUGUGGUGAUGUUGUCAGUGUGUUCUGCUCGUGAAAUGGUUGGUUGGCUGUUUGUCAAUCGUUUUGCACUCGCUUUGUUUAGUUACACAAUGUAUAUCUGUCUCAAAGGAAGUCAAGGUAAAAAAGAUGAAGAGGUUCAAAAGAGGCUUGAUGCACAGUGGGUCAAAAAGAACCAAGAAAACAUAUUCACCAAUGUCUCGUCCAAUGGCAACAACAACACAUUUGAUAGUGGAGAACAAUUCCCAGACGACUUUGUCUACCAACCACACCAAAUCAUCGAUACCAAUGGUGCUCACCACACCGCUGCCAUCGGAUCACUUGAAUUUACCGAUGAUUCGCUCACCAACAUUACAACGCCACCUCAAUCGCCACCCAAAUCAAUCGAAUUUGAUGCUGCCUCUAGUGACAUUGAAACAUCUCAAUCAAUCGUUUCUUCUUAUCUUCUCAACCCAGAGUCUGCUAUGUUAAGUUAUUAUUAUCCAUUUUAUGUUACUAGAACAUUAAGAAAUUUAAAGAAUUAUGUUUGGUGGACAGAUGUAGUGUCACCCGAUCAAAUUCAUAUCAAUUGGAUUCAACGUGUCUUUAACGACUAUUACAAGAAUCGAUUCGGAGUGGAGGACUUUGCAAAGUACUACAAGAUUGAGUCAUUCUCGGUGGUCGGUGACAAUGAAGAUGACGCAGUGACACAAGGUAUGACAUCUAAAAUCACACGUGUCAAGAUGGUGUGGAAGCAGCUUCAAGACAACAAUCAUGCCUUUAUCGAACCACCAAGCUCGGCCAUUAUGAAGUCUACUCAUCAAUCAUUGAAUGCAUACAAGGUUGCUACUAAUCUCAAUAGUCAAAGAGAGGCAUUGUUCUAUGGUCGUCUUUCAAAGCAAUUGUUGACCGAUGAUGUCAUGCGUACACUUCCAGAAGUCUAUCUCAGCUAUGCACCUGCUGCCGAUAAAUGCAACUAUGUCAUUUUCAUGGAAGAUUUAUCGGGUGACAAGGCAGAGUCUGUUUCCAAGCUACUUGGUAACCAGUGUUGGGGUGACCCAAAGUGCAGCAACCGUGCUAUUGAUUCGUUUGAAAAGAGAGAAGCACUCCAAAGCAUCUUUUUGGCCAUGGCUGAUUUACAUUCGGCCACUUGGAAGAAUAGAGAUCUUCUUGCCUACCCAACACAAGAACUCAAGUUUGCAAGCUGGAUGCGUGGAGAAAACAAGGAAGAGUGGGAAACUGGUAUCAAUCACAUCGCAAGAGAAUGGACCAAAAUCAAAGAAGAAAUGCCCAAGUCGUCUAUCAAAUGGCCACAAUCGAUUGUCAAACUCUUUGAUAAUGCCAUUGCCAAUUCUAAUUGGCAACGUUUUAGAGAUACCACUUCACACCCCAAUUUUGCCUAUAGUCUUGUCCACGGUGAUUUCCAUGCUGGCAAUAUGUUUUGGAAUAUCAAUUAUCAACAACAAGUCAAUCAAGGUUUCAUUCAACAUCCAUCUAAAAUAUUUAUUGUUGAUUGGAGUGAAAUUGGUAUAUUUUGUCCAUUCUCAGAGUUGGCACAAUUUAUUAUUUCAAAUGUUAAUCAAUCGGAUAGACACCAAUAUGAAGAAGAAUUGUUUAGAUCGUAUUUUGAUAGACUGGUAGAAAACGGAGUUAGAAACUUGGAUUAUUCCCAAUGCUUCCAACGUUACAAGAUGGGAGGUAUUGAAAGAUGGAUUCAAUUCAUUGUCAUCCUCAAGUCAAAGUGUAACGACCAUGCAAUGGAAUGGUUUAUUCAUCAAUUGUCAUCAUUUGUCGAAGCCCAUGAAGACUCUAUUGAUUUAAAUUCAAUCCAUUUAUUAACUUCCUAUCCAAUCCAAUAA